AUGGUCAGCUAUACACAAAGCCUAACCUCGUCAAAGUCGACGCUCUUUAGAGUCUUUAAAGCCAUGCUAAAGAGAAGAAGUGUCUCGGGAAUUGAACAAGUUGAAGCCAAUUUUGACAAGUGUCUAAGUGAGACAUUGAAGUUGUACAGAGGCUCAGGAGCGAAUGUGUGCAAGAAAAAUGAUACCACUGCCAAAGUUGUACCUCGUGUCUUGCAUAGGACUCUGGGAGAGGAUGUUAUGCAGUCCUACGAUAUCACGGUCUCAGUACAGGUACUGGCCUUGUAUGCGAGAACAAAUGCGCUAAGGAAUCCCAGGGCAAUAUAUCCAUUUAUAUGUAGGCUUAAUAUGCUCAUUAUCGCUACAGAACAUUAUAUACACGAGUUCUCCUUUGUGAAGAUAGCGCUUGUUCUCAACUCUUUGGCAAAUAUUCUAAACGCAAAAGUCGUCCCGAACAAAAAGGGUCACGAGUCACUUCUCAAAGUCUCUGUUCCAAAGGAAUAUGUAUCUAGCAAUUUUAAUCAGCUUUAUGAAGCCUGCAAAGAUCGAGAAACUUCUGGAAUACAUGAUGCCCUGAAUAGGUUAAACCGUCUCAUAGAGUCACAUUUGAAAUCGCUACUAUUUCUCAAUAUAUUCCACAAAAAUGAGCAUUUAAAAGACUUGAAAGCUGGAGAACCUGACUCUCAUAGCAUAUGCAUGAUACUAAAGUACUACUCUCUGUUUUCCAAAAUCGAUGAGAAGCUUCUCUACUUGAUAUACCUAUGGAUCAAAGAGUUUAAAGAAUGGAAAGUAAUGGAUCUUAUAAAUAUAACACGAUCAGUGACGAAACUAUACAGUGUAUCUGAUGCAGUAAAUUUGGAAAUGUUUGAAAAAACACUGGUGGAAGAUGUAAAAAGGACGCCAUUUUUCCUAAACAACCCACAAAUUCAUCCUGCUUGUAAUAAAGCGAUAGUCUUUCAUGGCAAGAAAACUGUUGUAAAUGUUGUGCAACUAGUACUUUCGCACGUUACGAGGGUUAAAUUCCACGAUAAUCCAACGCUAGAACAGAUCCAAACUUAUAUUCACUCUCUAAAUACAGCUUAUACUGGAGGAAUCUGCAAAAAAUUGGACGUGCAUGACAGGUUUAUGGAGCUAAUAACUUGUGCAAAUGUCGUUUUGGAACACGACAAAGAUGCUACAAACUUCAUAAAUUUGCUCUACUUUGCCAAUUCAGCGCAUACUGAAUUGGAUAUUAUAGAAUUCAAUACCCUCGCAUCACUCUUGUUUACAAACGAUAAUAUAAAAAUCCUAUUGCAACUAGAACCUGAGAUUUUGCCAAGGGGAGAUCCAUCAAAUUUAACAAAGACACUUUUAUAUUUGAAUACAUUAGAGAAAAACAAAAAACAAUUGGCUUUAAAUGAAAUUAAAAUUAUUGACAAACUUUUCAAUAAAUUUCUAAAAUACGCCUCGGAUGUUAUAAAAGACACUCGCACUUUUGCAAUCUCUGAAAUUAUUACCCUCAAAAAAAUUUCAAACAACUACAAUAGUGACCUCAAAAACCACUUACUAAACAUAUAUUCAAACGCUUUAUCUAACCGUAAAGGUCUGUCCUACAUGCUUAAACAAACGGAUGAUCUGUUCGUCUUUCUAUACUCUAGCAAUUGGAACAUUGGUGAUGGCCUCCACAAUGUAAUAGGAUCGUUUUUGUCAAAAAACUCUGCAGAAUUUGUAAAGCAUGAUAUUUAUGUCUUUUUGAGGCUAAUUCAAAAUAUAUCCCGCCUGUACAGAAUUAAUAAACAUUGGUCUACCAUCUAUGAUAUGAAGUUGUUCUUGCAAAAUAUUUUCAACUCAAACUGGGAAGCACACAUCGAGCUUCUCAUUGAUAUAAUAUUUAAUUCAGUCACAAACACAAGUUUAGAUGUAAAUGAAGUUACUUCCGUAUUAGUUUUGGAAGAAUUGUUCCAUAAAUAUUAUUUGCAGAUGAGCAAUCCUUUAGAAGGGGAUGCAAAAAACGUUACACACUCAAAUGUUAACAUUACCCUAUUUUCUAAAUUUUUUCACUUGUCAUGGUUAUUAAAGGGGAAAUCUGCUAAACUACACGAGAUCUGGGCAAAUGGGUUACUUGUCUUGUUGGAUUGUAAUACCCUGUUCAAAAAUAAAUGUACAUCAAAUGAUGGGAAACCAGCCUUUCAACCGUUAAACAGUCAUAACUGGUCAUCUUUUAGUGCUAUAAUUGUAAUUGACACGUUACUGAGUCUAAACACUCAAGAUUUUAAAAGUCCACUUUCUUGCGGUGAUCACAAGAAAAUUUUUGAGGCAAUAGAUUCCAUAUUUCUCAGUGUUAUAGAGCACAUAUCUACGUUUGGUGACAAAUAUUCGCAUAUUUCCAGGCUGUACGAAUUUAUUAUAAAUAGUAAUCAACGUUUAAUGCCAUGUAAUAAUUUGGAAAGAAUCGCAUCAUCUCUGCACUCAUUCCUAGCAAAAGAUAAUGCAUAA